AUGUUAUUUGACAACGGUUAUUGCGUGGUGGACGGGAACCCUUGUGAACAAGGCUCUGUCUACUGUAGCGAGCAAUGCAGAGAUUCUGAUCUCAUGGAAAAUCAAAAUGUAUUUUUCAACGGAGACGAAGAAAACGAUCCGUUGGAAUCUCUAACUGAAGAAUCUGCCACUUAUUACGAUUCUCCAAUCGAUUCCAUGGAGUUGGAUGACUCUCCUACGUACCUCUUGUACGAGUGUUGCUUAUGCAAGUCAACGCACCAAGCCAGUUCUCCAUGUUCUCACCACCAACACUAUAGAUUGGACUCCGAUCCGCUCGAUUUGAAUUCCGCACCUAUACUGAAUAACGUAGAGUACCUCGAUUCUCAGCUAAGAGAGGAUCUCAAGACAAGGGCUCCUUUAGCUCCUACUAUCCUUGAAACAUUACAGAGUUACACUAAGUAUUCCGAAGACGAUAGUUCGGUUGCCAAGAGUAACUUGUCCAUACAACACAAUUAUAGAAAAUGGUUAGUAAUGGGAAGUAGUUAG